AGUUUCAUUUUGACUGGCCAAGUGAAAAGUCGUGUUCGAUUGUGCGAUGCCCAGAAAGAAGUUUUAUUCCGUCGAUUAUAUCUUAUCAUUUUGUUUUGUUUACAAUACAAAGACUUAUCUUUUUAUCAAGAAUAAUAAUUAUACAUAUUCAGCGAGCUAAGAAGAGAAUAUUUGUGAUGCGUUUUUAAAAAAUCGUUUGAAGAUUGAAAAUUCAAAAGACUAAAAAAUAAAACCGAAUAAGUGCAUGCUGAAAAAAACGGUUCGGAAUUUAAAUGCAGAAAAAGAAAAGUUAUUCAAAGUAUUUUAGAAAAAUCCGUCAGUUUUGGAUUAGACUUUAAUUUACUUUAAAACAGUCGAAAAUAUGUAUCUUCAAAAUAUGUCAUACUAUUAUUUGUUUUGUAUUUUUUGCGCCAAAUAAUCAUUGAUAAAUGAAUGAAUGACGUUGGGGUAGUUUUCGCUGUGUGAUUUCUUUUUCUCGUGAUACUUUGGUAAUUUGUUCGACCGGUCAACAUGAAUGUUGGAAUAACUUAUGCACAGCGUGUACUAUUGAUAUGCCUCAUUAUUGGCGGUCAACGAGAGUCAUUUUAUGUAGACGGCAAUGAAUCGGAAUGCGAUUUUUCCAUAUUAGUGAAUAUUAGUAGAGUCACACAAUGGAAUAAUGAUGGUAUUACUGUUUAUGACGUUCAAUUCUCCAAAGGGCAAUAUGCUCGAGUUGAUUAUGCCCUGGUCAAUGGAAGAAAAACUGCUAUACAAGUUUGUUGUUUGGAAUAUCAAUGCAAUAAAUUUUGUCACUUACAUGAAGAUGACAUUGAAUUAACACUUGGACUUAAGGUUAAGUGUGUUUUAAAAACCAUCCUAAAUAUCAAUAUGAUUGCAUCAAUGCCGUUUAUAGUUGUCAUAAUUGGCGUGUACUUCUGGUUGCCAGAGCUUCGUAACAUACACGGAAAAUGCCUGAUUUGCUAUUUGAUUUUCCUUGGGUGCAAAAAUGUUAUUACAGUUUUCGACAAAGAGUUGAUUGGUGAAGGACUCUUUCAUAUUCUCAACAUUUUCUUAGUUCCCUGUAUGAUUCAAUGGAUACAUGUAAUUACGUUCGACACUUGGCAAAAUUUAAAACCUUUUCGUUUAUAUGAAAACGGAAAACUCCAUGAAGGUAGACGGUUGUGUUUGUAUGCGUUUUAUGUGUGUUCUACACCAUUUGUAUUGCUGGGAAUCACGUUUUCAUUACAAUCUUUUGAUAAUGCUCUCAACAUGUUCUAUGCGUAUUUCAUAAUCUUAUCCAUCAUAAAUGUGAUUUUUUUCCUUCUAAUCAUUUGGAAUAUUGUUCAUACCAAUCAAGAACUAUUGGUUCGUGGAGAGGAUACCAGGCUUCUGGAUAGAUUUAUCGCUGAAAAAAGACGCUUGGUGAUGUAUUUUCGUAUAUUUAUCAUAACGGGAGUAAUUCCAAGCUUCGCCGUAUUUUCGAAAUUUCUCUUCAAAAAUGAUAUACUUUCACAUGGAUUUGAUAUGUUUCUCUCAUUGGAACCCGUUUUGUUAUUCAUUCUACUUGUUCUGAAACGCAGCACAAUUGCCAGAAUCUCAACAAGGUGGAAAGGCACAACAAAUAGUCGGGGUCCUGUGAUGUCUCACAGAAAUGUCACUUCAGCGAGCAGCAGUACUAAAACCGGAAGCUCUGAUGUCUAAACAAUCUGUGAAACGAGAAAAGUUUCACUUGCUCUGAAAUCAGAAUCGAAUACAAAUCCGGGAGAAAAGUGGAGUUUUCGAAUCAAUACUAUCAUUAUAACUUUUAUUACUCAGUUUUUAUUAACACUAUUUACUUUUUGUAUCGGAAUUUAUACGGUUUGUAUGUGCAAGUUUAAAUAUUUCCUAAAGCUACUCAAGGUCUAUGUUGUAAAUCCGUCUGAAUGUUAAACAUUUCAUAUUUUUGAAUGAUAUAUUGUGUUCUAAUACCAAACCAAUAAAUGUUUUACAUAAAAUGUGAUACUUAAUUAUUAUUUGGUUUUGUCUUUCAACGGCUGCUGAAAAUAAAGCAAAUCAAACCUCAGCAGAAUAUUCAGUAGAAAGGCAA